ACAAGUCAAAAAACCUAACCGAAUUAGUGUACAGUCCGACCGCGGUGAUGCUGGGCGUACUGUUGGCGGCGCUGGCGGCGGUGCUGGCCUGGCUGUGGGUCGCCGGCCCGCACAGCUACUGGCGGCGCCGGGGAGUCCGCCACGAUCCCCCGAUCCCGCUGUUCGGCAAUAAUGUCAGAAACUUCUUCAUGAAAAAGAGCAUGACGGAGCUCGCCGUCGAGGCGUACUGGAAGUACCCGGGCGAGCGACUCGUCGGGUUCUACAGAGCCUUCCGCCCCGAGCUCGUCAUCCGCGACCCAGAGAUCGCCAAACGCAUUCUGACGACCGACUUCAUGCACUUCUAUAGGCGCGGAGUGAACGCGCACGACAAAGUGAUCGAGCCCAUGUUACGGAACUUGUUCUUCGCGGACGGCGACAUGUGGCGGCUGCUGCGCCAGCGCAUGACGCCGGCCUUCAGCAGCGGCAAGCUGCGCGCCAUGUUCCCUCUAAUAGUGGAGCGCGCGGAGCGGCUGCAGGCGCGCGCGCUGUCCGCAGCGCACGCCGGCCGCGAGCUUGACGCGCGUGAGCUCAUGGCGCGCUUCACCACAGACUUUAUAGGCGCCUGCGCCUUCGGACUCGAUUCGGAUUCUCUCAACGACGAGAACUCCGCGUUUAGACAGCUGGGUGCCAAAAUUUUCUCGCCGUCCAAAAAAGUUUUUAUUACAACGCUUCUUAAGCUAAUGUUCCCUGAAAUAUUCAAAUACGCGAAAAUUCAGGAAACGGCGGAGCGGGGUAUCCUCGGCUUACUGAGAGAUAUACUGAGCCAGAGAAAUUAUCGACCGUCGAAGAGAAACGACUUCAUAGAUCUACUGCUGGAAUGCCGGGCCAAAGGGCCCAUGGUGGGCGAGUCGAUAGAGUGCUCGGCCGCCGACGGGACGCCGGCAACCGUCCAGCUGGAGUUGGACGAGGAACUGAUGGCCGCACAGGUGUUCGUCUUUUUCGCAGCGGGCUUCGAGACCUCCUCCUCGGCGACCAGCUUCGCGCUGCACCAGCUCGCACACCACCCGGAGGAGCAGGUCCGGGCGCAGCGCGAGGUGGACCGCGUGCUUGCCGCGCACGGCGGCCGGCUCAGCUAUGAGGCUGUCAAGGAAAUGACUCACCUGGACUGCGUCCUCAAGGAGAGCAUGAGAAUGUUUCCGCCGCUGGGAUUCUUGAUCAGGCGGUGCUCGAGACCGUACAGGGUUCCGGAGACGGAGCUAACUAUCGACGCGGGGGUCCACGUGAUCGUGCCCCUUCAGGCGCUGCACAACGACCCGCAGUACUUCACCAGGCCCGAGCGCUUUCUGCCGGAGCGUUUCCUGCCGGAGCGCGACGAGGUCCGCGCCGGGGGACUCUACCUGCCCUUCGGCGCGGGCCCGCGGGCUUGCAUCGGGGAGCGGCUGGGGCAGCUGCAGUCGGUGGCGGGGCUGGCGGCGGUGCUGGCGCGCUGCACGGUGUCGCCGGGGCCGAGCACGCGGCGCACGCUGCAGGUCGACCCCAAGACCAGUAUCGUGCAGAGCGUGCGCGGCGGCGUGCCUCUCGUCUUCACGGAGCGGGAGGACAUCGCUCGCUAGCUGAUGUCAUCUCUGCAUCUCCAGAGUGCGGCUUCUCGCAGCUUCGUUGUGCUCAGUCUCAAUAUAUAAUUUAAUUAUAUGGCGCGAAAACUAAGGUCAAAUACAUCAGUGACAUAAAUAGUUGCGACAUCGCGCAAUACAGUUUUCUUCUAUUAUUCGUUUUUUAUCGCUGGUGUAUUUGUUUCAGUAAAUAGCUGUAAUUAUUUAGUUUACAGUUUCAUAUUUAAAAAAAAUUAACUUAAAGCUGUUCCUCUCAAGUGUAUGAUGAGGGUAAUAAUGGAGCGGUGGAAUGUUCUCAGACCGUCAGAGAUCACCUCUUAAAAUCAAUCUAUAAAAAAAAUUGACUGUCAUAUCACUUUUUUAGGGUUCCGUACCUUAAAGGAAAAAAACGGAACCCUUAUAGGAUCACUUGUUUGUCCGUCCGUCUGUCUGUCGAGACCGUUUUUCUCAAAAACUCGUGUAGGUAUUGUUAGGAAGAAAAUCCGACACAAUGCCGGUGUACUGGCACAACACUAGC